AUGGGACUCCAGAAUUUGAGAUCUCUGCAGCUGCUCUGCCUCUUAGAGGCCAUCUCUUUAUUGCCUUGGACUGGAGCUCUUUUGUGCUAUGAGGCGACAGCUUCGGCCUUCAGAGCUGUGACCCUUCAUAACUGGAAGUGGCUUCUCUUGAGGAGCAUGGUGUGUAACCUGAAAGAGGGUUGUGAGGAGACGAUAGUGUACAUUGAGACAGGGAACAGCAGGGGAAUUGUGAGCUUUAAAGGCUGCACCUCAGCCUUAUCUUAUCCCCCACAAAUCUCCUACCUCGUGUCUCCACCCGGAGUGUCCAUCGCCUCCUACAGCAGGGUCUGCAGGACCUAUCUCUGCAACAAUAUAACCAACUUGGAGCCCUUUGUGAGGCUGAAGGCCAGUGAGCCUAAGUACACAGCGCCUUCUGCCAAAUACUGUCCAACCUGUGUGGGCAGGCAUGACCAGGAGUGUCUUCCAAACUUUGUCACCACAGAGACCUGCCCCUUCUCUGCCUCUUCGUGUUUCAGUUCCACCUUAAAGUUUCAGGCAGGGAAUCUCAAUACUACCUUCCUCAUAAUGGGCUGUACUCGUGAAUCAAACAAGCUUUUAGAAAAUUUUCAGCAUAUUGGAAGCAUUAGAGUGACUGAGGUCGUCAACAUCCUAGACAAGUCCGAGACUGUUGGUGCAGGGCACUGUAGUCAAGGUCCUCCGUGGGGCAUCCUCUUAUGCCUUCUGCUCAUCUUCAGAGACUGA